CCAAAUAACAGUAUAGUAAUAUUAAUAAUAUUAAUAAUAUUAAUAAUAAUAGUUAUAGAUAAAUAGAUAAUAGUAAUAAAUUUAUAAUAAUAGAAUAAUUAUAUAACUAUAAAAAAUGGAAACAUUAAAAGAAAAGGAUGAAGAAAAUCACUUUAUAAAUUUUGAUACACCAGUGUUAAAGAAUCAUAAACAUAUGGAGCAGGAGCAACAGGUUGAAAGUAACGAGGCCAAUGUUUUAGAAAGACUUAAAAGAGAGGAUAAAAAUGAUGAAUUAGCAAAGAUAUCAAAUAUUUCACCAAGUCAAUUAUCAGUUUCAAUAUCAUCUUCAUUAGGUUCAUCUAGUGGAUCAAAUUUAAAUAUCACACCACAGGGUACAAUUGGUAAUUAUUUGGUUAUUAAAACAAUUGGUAGGGGUCAAUUUGGUAAAGUUAAAUUAGGUUAUCAUAAAAAAAUCCCAAAUGAAAAGGUUGCAAUUAAAAUUAUUAAUAAAGGAAAAUUGGACCAAGAAACUCUUAAAAUGGUACAAAGAGAGGUUAGAAUUAUGAAGCUUUUACAUCACCCAAAUAUUAUUAGAUUAUAUGAAGUUAUAGAAACAUCUAGGGCAUUAUAUUUAAUUAUGGAGUAUGCAGGAGAGGGUGAAGUAAUGGAUUUCAUGAUUGCACAUGGUGUAUUAACAGAGACACAGGCAAGAACAUUUUUUACUCAAAUUGUAUCGGCUAUUCAUUAUUGUCAUAGCAAGAAAGCAGUUCACAGGGAUUUAAAACCAGAGAAUCUUUUACUUGAUUCAAAUAGACAAAUUAAAAUUAUAGAUUUUGGGCUAUCAAAUGUAUUCACUCCAGGUUCAUAUUUAAAAACAUUCUGUGGUUCACCAACAUAUGCUUCACCAGAAUUAAUCCUCAGAAAAGAAUAUCAUGGACCAUCUGUUGAUGUUUGGAGUAUGGGUGUCGUUUUGUUUGUUUUGGUUACUGGUUAUUUACCAUUUGAUGGUGACAACUAUGUUGAAUUAUUUCAAAAGAUUUUAGCUGCCGAUUAUACAAUACCAUCUUAUUUAACACCAGAAUGCAGAUCAUUAAUAUCGCGUAUGUUAAUUGUCGAUCCAGAUAAAAGAGCAACAAUGGAGGAAAUUAUUAAUCAUCCUUGGCUAUCUUCAACAAAAUCAUCAAUUUUAUCAUCAAUAGCAUUAAAUGAAAAACAACAACAACUACAACAAUCUUGUAAUAAUAGUAAAAAUGAAAUAUUAUCAAAUCCAUUAUCACCACAGCAAGAAAAUCUUGAUGAAGAGAUUAUAAAUGAAUUGGUUAAUUUAGGUUUUGAUAGAGAAGAACUUUGUAAUAGUAUUAGACAGAAUAAAUAUAAUGAUGCAGCAGCAACUUAUUUUUUAUUACAAGGUAAAAAAUUAAGAGAGAGUCAGCAAAAUCAAACUGAACAUGCAAGAAAAAUGGAGAAAUUUUAUUCAGAAACUUUACCGAUUCCUGCACAUGUAGGUGAAAAUAGUCCACUAAUAAAAUAUAAAAGACAUCAUAAAAGAAGUAAUACUGUUGAUAGUCCAAAACAUACCGCUGUAAAUAAUCAACAAAGACAAAGUUAUCAACAAUCAUCUGUACAACAACAUUACCAAAAACAUCAACAUCAACAACAGCAACAGCAACAACAACAACAACAACCAUCACCAAUUAUCGUUACAACAAAUAUACCUACAUCAAAUGAUACACCAACUAGUAGUAAUAUUCAAUCAUCAAUUGCUAGUUCAGCUUCAAGCUCAGUUAAUCCUUCACCAUUAUGUCUUUCAAAUGCAGCACCAUUAUCAUUAAGAGAAAAACUAAAAGAAAGAGAUUUUAUGUCAAGUAAUUCAAGUAUAAAUUCAACUUCACCAAUAACAGAGUCUAAUUCACCACCAUCUGCAUCAAUUCAACCAUUCUCAUUAAACAAUAAUAAUAAUUUAAUUCAAAGAAGAGCUACUGCUUCAUCUUUGUCACCAAGAAACCAACCACCACAACAGUUAGGUAGUGGUAUGAAUAACAAUAAUAGUAAUAACAAUAGUAAUAGAAGAGUAAGAAGUAAUAGUAGUAGUAUUGCUGAUCAAAGUCAAAGACAAAGAAAAUUGGAAGAUGAUUGGGUAAUUUUUGAAGACUAUUCAAAUAAUAAUUAUAAAAGUCAAAAUAACCAGCCUGAUGGUAAAACCCUCACACCAUCAAAUUCAGCAUUCUCUUUAAAACAAAAACAGAAAUCGCCGGUUCACUCUUUUUUAUCAUCAUUUAAAAACAUAUUGAAAAGAAGUGAUGAUAAAUCAGUUCAUAAUAGUAAUAAUAAUAAUAAUAGUAUUAGUACCAGUAAUACACCCAGAACUAUUGAUGAAAAUGGCACAAGUAUUGGUAAUAGUCCAUUAAUAACUUCAACAUCAACUCCACGACACCAAUCACAAGAACCAAGAAUAGUUAGAUUUGUAUUUGGUGUAAAUACCACAACAAUGAAAGAUGCACCAGAAUUAAUGCAAAUAGUUUUACACACUAUCGAUACUUUUUGUAUACCGCACACACAAAAAGCUCCAUAUCUUAUAGAGUGUGAAACCGAGGGUGUAAGAUUCUCAAUCGAGGUUUGUCGUUUACCAAGAUUAUCGGUUAAUGGUUUAAAAUUCAAAAGAAUAGGUGGUUCAUCUUGGAGAUAUAAAAGUAUUUGUAAAGAUUUAUUAUCCCAAAUGAAAUUAAAUGAAUAAAAUAAUAGUAAUAGUAAUAAUAAUAAUAAUAAUAAAUAAAUAAUAAUAAAUAAUGUUUUUUUUUUUUUUUUUUUUUAGUUCAAUAUCAUAAAAUAAUAUCAGUAUCAAAUAAUAAUAAUAAACUUAUUUAUUUUUUUAGUUUUUUAAAAGACUACAAAAAAAAAAAAAAAAAAUAAAAAAAAAUUUUAAAAAAGGGAUUGGUUUAUUCCCACAUAUAUAAAAU